GAAUUGCCUUGCCAGCAUAGCUGUCCUGUCAUAUACUUUUGCAUGCAACUAAGGCGAACAUUGGAAAUGAUGCGACUAAGUUUUGUUUUGGGGCCUUUCAUUUUGUUGGUCUUCCAUCGCGCAACUGGUGCACAUGGUGACAUCCACAGUAUGCUUCGUCAAAUAGAUAUUAAAGAGAAUGAUCCAGACAUAUCGGAACAAGAGAAGAAGAAGUUAAACGAAUAUCGAGAAUCUUUGGUGAAGCAAGAGAUCCUGAGGAUGCUUGGCCUCGAGAGACCUCCAAAUGUUUCCGACGUGAAGAACAUUCCCAAAGAAAUGUUGCAAAGUGUUCUGCGCCAGACAACACAUGAUAGUGGCGAUGCUCCUGAGCACGAAGCUGAUGCGGAUAAACAAAUCGUUGUGAUAGCACAACCAGAUUCCGCUGGACUAAAAUCUGAAAAUGAAAAGGGAACGAAAAGCAAUUCCAUGAGAUUCCGUACUAACGUAAAACUAGAUUCUAUAUCGUCUGUAACGCUGGUCCUUCGACGUAAUCCGCAGGUCGUAACGGACGAAUUGCUAAAGAAACCUCGUUUGUUAAUCGCGCAAAUCAUUGUCCAUCCUGAUCGACUCUCCCAUUUAAUCGGACAUCCAGAAGUUGUGGAAACAAACGGAGACUGGGUCAAGUUGGAUAUCACUUCGAUUUUAAAGUCGAAGGGUAACCAUACCGUGCUGACAAAUGUCUCCAUCGAGGUUCUAUGCGAAGAAUGUGGCAGCGUAAAGGGCUUUAGGAGUUCAAAGAGACUGCGUCCAUUCCUUCUUUUUACCGUGAAGGCGAUAACGAAAACGCGAGAGAGGCGCUCUAUCGAAGACACUGGUCCGUGUUCUCUGAUAGAAUAUAAAGUCAAUUUUGCCAAAUUGGGGUAUGAUUUUGUAAUUUACCCAAAGGAAAUUUCUCUAAAUUACUGUAAGGGUCUGUGCAAAAGUCGAGAUAAAAUGUCAUUGUUCUUCAGUCGCAUUAACUUUUUGAAUCCAGACAAGACUAAACUCAACGAUACCUGUUGCGUGGUUAGCAAAAUGAAAUCUUUGUCGAUAUUUUUUCUGGAAGGUGACGUGAUAAAGACCAGUCUCCUACGAAAUGUCAAAGCAAUGAAAUGUCAAUGUGCAUAACUGGCUGCUGUAGUCUUUCUCUUAGGCUUAGCAUAAAUUUUCAUGCCGCUAUAUGUGACAACCAGGGGCCGGUUGUAUGAAGCCCGUUUGGCUUAAACGGUGGAUAAGUCAAAUUAAAUAACACUCUUACA